UCACCAGGUAACUUCUUUUCUCUUCCAAAGCAUCAAAAUCACCAACACACACAACACAAAACACUUACGGAUCCAAAAACAUACCAGAUCCGUUUUCUCGGAUCUCAUUUCCAUGGCAAGAAAAUUACUGCUCAUUCUAGGGUUUCUCUUGCAUUGGUUAUACUGCUGUUAUUCGGAUCCGGGUUCGACUUGUUCUAAAACCAACACUUCUCUGCUCAAUUUCGAGUCUCAAUUCAUCAUGCUUCAACACCAACUCAGAGGUGUGUUUGAGGUAAUCGAUGAUUGCUCGUUUAGGGUUAGAGAAUUUGAUAUGAUCCAAGGGUCGGAUGUGCACUGGUGGGGUGCAACCGGCGAUACUUUUGAUAACCUAACCAGGGGCUUUCUUAUAUCUGAUCAGAGUUUGAAUCAAACAUAUAAAAAUGAUAGCUUUGUUGUUAGUUUGAUGAACAACGUGACUUGGGAUCAGAUCAGAGUCGUCGCCAUUUGGGACAUACCCAUGGCGUCAGAUUUCGGCCAUGUUUUGCUGAAAACCCCAAGAAAUGGGUCAGAAGAUUCUGCCCCGCCACCUUCACAGACGGUUGGCACCGGUAAUUUGAGUGCUUGGGUUUAUGAGCAGCCCACGAUGUUUGAGAAUUGCAAGGAGUUGUCGUCGACAUAUAGGGUUAGGUGGACGUUGAGAGCAGAUGAUGAUGUGAUAGAUAUUGGGUUGGAGGCGGCAAUGGGGAUUCAGAAUUAUAUGGCAUUUGGGUGGGCGGAUCCUAAUGCAUCUUCCAAGUUUAUGGUUGGUGCCGAUGUGGCCGUGACAGGGUUUUCAGAGGAGGGUAUGCCGUUUGCCGAUGAUUAUUUCAUUACAAAGUACAGCGAGUGUUCCAUAGACAAGGAUGGUGGUGUUCAUGGUGUUUGUCCUGACUCCAUGUUCGAAGGCUCAGAUCCUGUUGGUUUAGUGAACAAUACGAAGUUGGUUUAUGGGCACAGGAAAGAUGGGGUUUCCUUUAUACGGUAUCAAAGGCCAUUGAAGUCAGUUGACAAGAAGUAUGAUUUGCCCGUGAACCAUACGGAUAACAUGAUCGUUAUUUGGGCUUUGGGGUUGAUAAAGCCGGCUGAUUCUAUCACCCCUUAUUAUCUUCCACAAAAUCAUGGUGGGACUUAUGGGCACUUGACUCUCAAUGUCUCAAAGCAUGUGAAUGAUUGCUUGGGGCCGUUGGAUGCUGAAGAUAAGGAGGAUCAAGAUAUAGUCAUUGCAGAUGCAAAUACACCACUUGUUGUUUCAACAGGUCCAGCAUUGCAUUACCCUAAUCCCCCAAAUCCUUCUAAAGUUUUAUACAUCAACAAGAAAGAAGCUCCUGUGUUGAGGGUUGAAAGGGGGGUUCAAGUGAAGUUUUCUAUACAAGCUGGGCAUGAUGUUGCAUUCUAUGUAACUUCUGACCCGCUCGGUGGGAAUGCAACUCUAAGAAAUAUGUCUGAGACUAUUUAUGUAGGGGGACCCAAAGCUGAAGGAGUUCAAGCCAGUCCUACGGAAUUAGCCUGGACACCGAACCGGAAUACCCCAGAUCAAGUUUACUAUCAGUCAGUAUAUGCACAGAAAAUGGGUUGGAAGGUUCAAGUUGUUGAUGGGGGCUUGCCGGAUAUGUACAAUAGCAGUGUUAUGUUGGAUGACCAGCAAGUUACUCUUUUUUGGACAAUGUCAGAAGAUUCAAUAUCUAUUGCAGCUCGGGGUGAAAAAAAGAGUGGUUAUCUUGCAAUUGGAUUUGGCAGUGGAAUGGUGAAUAGCUACGUUUAUGUGGGUUGGAUUGAUGAUAAUGGUAAAGGGGGUGUUAAUACAUACUGGAUUGACGGAAAGGAUGCUUCAAGUAUACAUCCUACGAAUGAGAACUUGACCUUUGUAAGAUGCAAAUCAGAAAAUGGCAUAAUCACUUUGGAGUUCACCCGUCCUCUGAAUCCAUCAUGCAAUCGAGAUAAUAGGAGGGAGUGUAACAAUAUUAUUGAGGCUACAACUCCGCUAAAAGUUAUCUGGGCUAUGGGUGCUCAAUGGUCGGGAGACCAUUUGAGCGAGAGAAAUAUGCAUUCCACUAGAAGCAGCAGACCUGUUCAUGUGCUGCUUAUGCGUGGUUCUGCAGAAGCAGAAGAGGAGUUACGGCCAGUGUUAGCUGUACAUGGGUUCAUGAUGUUUCUUGCUUGGGGAAUUUUGCUUCCUGGUGGAAUAUUGGCAGCUAGAUACUUAAAACAUGUGAAGGGUGAUGGAUGGUUCCAGAUUCAUGUUUACUUGCAGUACUCGGGACUAGCAAUAGUCUUUCUUGGCUUUCUUUUUGCUGUUGCUGAGCUUCGGGGUUUAUAUUUUGGCUCAUUACAUGCAAAGUUUGGAAUCAUCGCUAUAUCUUUUGCUUGUGUACAACCAGUGAAUGCGUACCUGAGACCUAAAAGACCUGCUAAUGGGGAGGAGGUUUCCUCAAAAAGGCUUCUUUGGGAGUAUAUUCAUGUUAUUGUUGGCAGAUGCGCCGUUGUUGCUGGAAUUGCAGCUCUUUUUACUGGAAUGAAGCAUUUAGGAGAUAGGUAUGGUGGGAUAAAUGUUCAAGGACUCAACUGGGCUUUGAUAAUUUGGUUCUUGAUUGGUGCUUUGACGGUCACGUAUUUGGAGUAUCGUGAGAAAACGCGGAGGAGGGAUAGAAUUUUUGGAAGAAGCAAUUGGGUGUUGGGUAACAGUGAGGAUGAGGAUACUGAUCUGUUGAGCCCAACUCGGGCAUUUGCAGGAAAACAGUCCCAUCCAUCUGAAAGGAUGGAAGUUCAGCUAGAACCUUUGAGCAGAUAGAGAUCUUUGUUCAUUUAUUUCAUGAUAUAAACUCACUACUCAGUUUUGAAACUUACUUUUUCUGGAGAUAGCAGGCUUGUAUGUUUGCUUGAAAGAUUCGAGUGUAAGGAUUGAGAUUAGCUUGUCAAUCACUGUAUACAUCUCCAACCGUUCAUUUUGGAGAGUAAAUUUCCUACUACAUGUAUUUUGUAUACUUCAAUACAUUUAUUAACACGGUGGAAGUAGAUCCCUCUCCCUCUCUAUAGCGAAGGGAGCCUUUGUUUACAAUAUGAAUUGAUUUUUUUUUUGUUGGUCA